CCAUUCUCUAUUUUUGUGCUUCCUUGUGCUGCCAAGCCCCUGACGUAAUGCUUCGUGUUAAUUAUUCGCAUGUGGGAAGAAGCAGUGCUGUCCUCUCCUCGGCGGUGGAAACGAGUGGAGGGAGAAAAAGUUGAGGCGAGGAUGGCAAAACACGGCGACCCACAGGGAAGGGGUGCUUCUCCCCACACGGCUUAAAAAGAGCCCGAAAAGUGGAAAAACAGAGCUGCGCCCCCCGGAUGAGCCCGUGCGUAAAUAUUAAAGGAGUUCCCUGUGGAGAAUGCCAUCAGCACUAGAGCUGCUCUAACGCUCCACACAGGAGGUUAAAGCUGAGCAGACUGAGAGGUUUGGAGGAGAACAGCAGCAUCCCAAAGGCCAGCCAGACGGAACAGAACAAGGAUGACGACAUAACGCUGGCGUUUUCAGGAACGGCUAACCUCCCCCGACCUCAGACAGCAGAGCCAGUCCGGCUUCAAAGCUGAAGAAGAUAAAGAAGGGCAGGAGCUUUCCCGGAUCCGUCGGUGACGUGGUCUCCGCCCCACAGCGCUGAGCCUAUAGUCGAGGGCCAUUGAAGUGCCAUCACUCUUCCUUCUCUCUCGUCCAACCCGUAGCCCAGACGCUGCCCACCAGACCAUGAUGUUUCGUGACCAGGUGGGCGUCCUGGCCAGUUGGUUUAAAGGCUGGAACGAGUGCGAGCAGACGGUGGCCCUGCUCUCUCUGCUGAAGCGGGUCAGCCGGACCCAGGCGCGUUUCCUGCAGCUCUGUCUGGAGCAUUCUUUGGCUGAGUGCACUGAGCUGCACGUUCUGGAAGUGGAAGCCAAUAACCCAGUGGUGAUCAGUCAGUGGCAGGCUGAGCCGAAGGAGCGUCUGAUCUCUCUGGUUCUGACCCACCUGCCCCUCCUCAAGCCGGGCAAUGCGGAGGCGAAGGGCGAGUACAUGCGGCUGCUGCCCAAAAUCCUGACCCACACCAUCGAGUUUGGCCGGCACCUGGAGGAGAGCAGGCAGCUGCUGUCGUACGCCCUCAUCCACCCGGCCACGUCGCUGGAGGACCGGGCCGAGCUGGCGCUGUGGCUGAACCACCUGGAGGAGCGCGCGGCUACGCGGGGGGCCGGAGACUCGCUGGAGCGCGUGUCAUCCUCGUCCCACCACGGCGGCCAGAGCCAGCACCUCUAUCCUCAGCACCAGCGCUACGGCUCCGACGACCGCCUCAACGGCUGGCAGGGCUCGCGCGACUCCGGCCUGGGCUGGCAGACGCAGCAGGGCUGCGAGAACGGACACCUGCUGCUCUACCCGUCGUCCUCUGUGCCCUCCACCAUUAACACAGUGGGCACGGGCAGCGGGACCAACUCCAUCUUGCCUGGGGGUCAGCACAGUCCCCUGAAGCGCUCAGUGUCUCUGACUCCCACCAUGAGCGGCCCCUCUAACCCCCCACUGGGUCACGGCUGGCUGUCCCAGGAGGACCUGCGGGGCCGGGCAGCACCAGAUCAUGCUCCCCUCUCGCCCCAGAGCAGCAUCGCUUCAUCGGGCAGCGGCGGCAGCGAGCACAUGGAGGACGGAUCCGGGCUGGGGGCCGCACUUCGCAGCACAUUCCACGAGGAGGGAAGCGGAAUGAGGGAUGUGCCGGCGUGGCUGAAGAGUCUUCGCCUCCACAAGUACGCCGGCCUCUUCUCCACCAUGACCUACGAGGAGAUGAUGUCACUGACGGAGCAGCAGCUGGAGGCUCAGAACGUUACUAAAGGAGCACGACACAAGAUCAUCAUCAGCAUCCAGAAACUGAAAGAGAGGCAGAACAUGCUACGCUCUCUGGAGAAGGAUGUGCUGGAGGGGGGUAAUCUCCGCGCUCCGCUGCAGGAGCUCCAUCAGAUCAUCCUGACGCCUAUUAAAGCCUUCAGUGUGGAGGAUUCCUCACAGCGCCCCCUGCUGAGUGCCGAGGGGAAAAGCAGCCUGGCCGGGUCUCAUCUGGGCGGAGGAGAGUCUGAGGCCAGCACUUCGCUCAUCGCUGAGGGAGACAUCCCCGCCCAGUUCACACGCGUUAUGGGCAAAGUUUGCACACAGCUCCUCGUCUCACGGCCGGAUGAAGAGAACAUCAGCUCAUACCUGCAGCUCAUUGAUAAGUGCCUAAUCCAUGAGGCUUUCACAGAGACGCAGAAGAAGAGAUUGUUGUCAUGGAAACAGCAGGUGCAGAAGCUCUUUCGCUCGUUCCCUCGUAAAACCCUCGUGGACAUGGCAGGAUACCGUCAGCAGAGGAGUGGCCGUGGGUUCGGUCAGUCUAACUCCCUCCCCAGUGCGGGUUGUGUGGGCAGUGGUGUGUCCGGCAGGAGAAACCUGAGGCAGUUCCCCGUCCCUUCCCGCAGUCUCCCUGUGCAGCGUCUCGGCCUGCUGGGCACCGCCGGCCUGCUGGGGCACACGCACACCCCCCGCAGCUCCAGCAGCACGCCGACCAGCCUCAAACAGGGCAGACAGGGUCUGUGGUUUGCCAACCCCGGGGGCAGUAACAGCAUGCCCAGUCGCACCCACAGCUCAGUCCAGCGGACUCGCUCUCUCCCCGUCCACACCAACCCACACACCAUGGCCAUGUUCCAGCAGUCAGAUUUGCAGGUGCCAGUGACCGAGCCGGACAUUAAUAACCGUUUGGAGUCUCUCUGUCUCAGUAUGACUGAACACGCUCUAGGAGAUGGUGUUGAUCGGACGUCCACUAUCUGAGCACAAGGAGGAGAAGGCAGAGUUAGCCAUGCAGUGAGGGGGUCAGGGGGGACAUCUUGAGGUCAGGAACCCCCCCCAUCUAUCCUUAAACUCCACCCCCACCUGCCCAUCUACCAACACACAGCCAAUGGGAGCGGUGUGAGCGGCUGGCAUGCGCGUGAUGAUCCGCACAGCGCCGUUCACCACAUUCAGAAAGGCUUCCGUCACCAUGACGACUUCAGCUUUUUUACAUUAGGCAUGGGGGAUUGGGCUAUUUUUUGGGAGAUAAUCACCUUUUUUAGAAAAAAAAUACAAAUUGCCAAAAGGAGGACUAUCCCGACGCGGCACUUCCAUAUAGAAAGACUAUGGAAGGUAUGGAGUGGGGAAAAGUUCCACUCCACUACGGAAGGGAGAGAAUUUGGGAGGUAUCUUCAGCAGAGCUGCUGCGAGGGUCUUUUGCUUCACACCAAAAAAACAAGAAAAAAACAAAAGCAGCCAGCCGACGUAUGUCCUGCGAAAUCCCGGCCAAUCCGCUCGGUCCGGCUGGAGCUUCGGAGUCUAAAAGAGCUUCUGUAGAGUCACUAAACACCAUUGUUUACAUACAAGUGCUACUCUCAAGGGUACCAGAGCGUCUGAGGUGUGCAGCAGCAGCUACCAGCACAGUUUACAUGCCAGCAUGUUUGGGUUUUUUUUGUGUUUUUUAUUUUUAAUUUUUUUGGAUUUUGCUCAUCUUGUUCCAGAUGUGGUUUGCUGUUUAAGAAGUUGAGAAGAUGAAAGUGGAGGACGGAGGUCAGGAGAGAGGGGGAGAGAGAUAGAGCAGGAAGGGGAAAAGGAAAGUGACGUAAGCGUGGAGGGUCCGUGAGACGUGAGGUAGAGAGAGGUAGAGAGAGAAUGAGAGAGAUAGAAGGGAAAGGAAUGUCACAAAUGGGUUCUGACGUGAGAGGCGGCGAACUGAAGGCAGACGGCAGGUCGGGAUUUUUGCUGUGGCGUCGGCGGAUGUGGGACGGUGUUCGGAACGGGCGUUCUGGGAGAAAUGCCAGCAAAGGCAAGUGAAUAUAAGAGCUAUAAUUUGAAAACGUGAAGCGGUCAGUGGGUAGAAAUGCUCGGCAAAGACGAGGCUGAAUUCUUAUAUAUACGUAAUUGCUGGUAGUGGUCAUUGUGUAUCGUUAAUAGGGGUGUAACAAAUGCGCAUUUUCAGAUUUGAUGCGAUUUUUGAGUCCGAGGUCAAUAUUUGAUUUGAUUUUUAAUAUUUUGUGUUGAUAAAAAUACAAAAAAAUAAGAUUGCUGUACACUGUAAAAAUGGUUUUCCAGUUCAGCCUAAAAAAUGACUAACAAGCAGUUUAUAGGGCUCAUAUAAUGUUUAAUAACAAGCAGUUUAAAGGGCUCAUAUAAUGUUUAAUAACAAGCAAUUUAAAGGGCUCAUAUAAUGUUCAAUAACAAGCAAUUUAAAGGGCUCAUAUGAUGUAAAAAUCCACUUUUUUAAUCAAAAGAGUUAUAAGUAAAGACCAUACCGUCCAUAUAUGGAUACUAAGCUGCCUUAUUGGUAUUUAGUGCUUUUGUGAUGUCACAAAAACCAUGCAUCCACGUACACUGGGGUUAUAAAGAGUGUUUCAGCCCGGACGGCUUUCUAAUUAAAAAGCACAACACAGAGCAGCCAGUCAGAACAGAGCUCAUUUACAUAUAUCAGUCUUAAAGGCACAGUAACAAAUAUAGCCUGUUUAAUUAAGUAAAAUGGGUUGGAAAUAGUUUUUUUGCACAUAAAACCACACAGAUAUUACAAGUAGACUAAAAGAUAAAAUAUGAGAAAAAAGUCAAUGUGGGCCCUUUAACUGCUUUUAUUCAAGUUCAUCUCAAAUAAAUACUCUGAAUGAGAUUGAAUGAGCGAUUCUUCUACUUUUUACAGUGUGAAGUUCAGCCACGAUCAAAUCACUAGUUAACAUUUUUACACAUUUUGUGGUUUCGACAAAAGAUGCAUCAUCAACACAGUUAUCAGUAUCAGUUCAUCAUAGACUAUUUCAUUUGUUUUCCUGCACUUUUUAAGUGCUGUAAUUGUUACACCCUUACUAUUUGACUGUGUGUGGUGCUGCGGAGGGCUUUCCUGUAGAGUAAAAGGGUUAAUAGUCGCUUUUGAUUUGUGAGUUGUAAUAUAACUGGAUUGUUCAGUGCUGGAGCAGAAAAUGUGAUGUUCUGUUCAAGGGAUGGUUCACCAAAACAUCAGAUCCUCUUCCUCUGACCACAGAUGUAGUCGAUCAGCUUCGACGUGUCUGGUGUGUCUUUAGUUUUACGCUCUCAGCCUGAUAUAAUAAAAGUCUGUGUCACCCAAAAACAGUGGCCUCCUAGACAGGAUGUACGGUAAUUGUAUUUUAUAUGAUCUCUGCCGUUGUUUAGAAUCUGGUCUGUUAUUUUGAAGAGCAUCAAGGGGCCCCAGUAACCUGACAGACCAGGUUCUUUGUUAUUGUUAUUUUUAUGUGAUUUUUUAAUGUGAUGCUCUGAGAAGAGAUGCUUGAAGGGAGCUAUAACCCAGUUUUAAGUAGUGAUUUGUGGUUGGCUUGUAAACGGAAGAUUAUUGGCUCGAAAAUCUCACCUGAGCAUUUAGCUGCGUCAUUAGGCUGCGUCCUUAGAUGAGAGUCCUAAUACUUUAUCCAGUGCCUCUUCACAAUAAGACUGUCCUUAUAAAGGGUUUAAAAUUAGUUUAUUAAUGGUUAUUACAUCAUAAAUACAAUAAUGAGCUUGUAUAACACGUAAAUAAAUAGGGAGUAGUGAUAUGAGUAAGUGAGGAAGCUGACUGUUGGAGAAGACAGAGUAAGAUCUGCAACCAGCAGCGUCUGAGGUUUGAGUGUACUUGAAAGUGGGCUCACUAUUUGGCAAGCAACAGGUCACUGUUGGCCUUCUUAUUUAACUGUUAUAAGGUGUUUAUGACCAUUAAGCAUUAAUAAACUAAUUUGCCUUCAUAAGGGUGGUCUUAUUCUAAAGUGGUACCCUUUUUCCUUGCUCUGGAACAUGGUUAGACCAUCUCUGUGGACAAAUAUGCAUGCCAAAUGCUGACACUUAAAUGAAUUAAUAUGCACAUUGAUGUUUUUCCUCGAGCCUCUGCCCCCUAAAAUGCCUGUAGACACCAAACAUGUCUUGGCUGAUUCACUACAUACAGAGCAAGGAGGGAAAACUGUGCAAAUCUGAUUUUUAGGUGAGUCAUCCCUUUAAAAGAGUGCCAACCUGGAAAACUGUAAUGUGAGUCUUUAGCACCAUCUGGUGGCCAUAUGCUGCAGAGUGCAUCCGCAUGUUUUCUACCAAGGCUUUUCAGUGCAGAAUGCCUACACAGAGUCAUUUAGUCCAAGACAAUUAGGAUUAAUUAAAUAAUCAACGAGUCUUUAUUGUGUUUUUUCAGUGUUGUCUUAAUAUGGGCUGUUAGUUAGCGCCAGGUUGUUAACGUCGUAGGUUUUACGAUGCAGAAUAAGCUCAUUAGAUUGACAUUAUUCUUGGCCACUUUGUGACACAUCUUGUUUUCUGCAUGGAAAAGGGGCUUUGAUUAAAAAUCUAACAGGAUUGCGUUUUUUUUUAAUCUAUUCAAAGUCCUUCAGUGAGGGUUUAUAGUGUUUUUCUUAUUUUGAUUCGUUUUUUUAUACGAGUUCUUGUUUGUCCUGCACUUGGUGCUGUGAAAUUUUUGCUGAAACAUCAAAAGUGAACACUAAGAUGUGCAAUAGCCUCUCGUUAGCAGCGUGAUGGGGCGAAGACGUGCAGCAGAAACGCGCUGCUGGAGAUGAAGCGCACUUCGUAGAAGAAGAAGCGUGAGGAAAAGCACCUGUUAAGUCCCCGCAUGUGUCCGGCGUCCCCUCUGUGUAAUCACUCACGGGCUGUGGACUUCACUCACAGCCCCACCUCAAGCUAUAAAUCGUCCAAAGAUCCAGUACGGACGUACUGAGAGCGACAGAGAGAGAAUCGAUGGAGUCCGAAGUCCAGGUUAAAGAGGCACUUUGAUACUCUCCCUAUGAUACUGUGUUGUGAUUGGUCUAAAUGAUGGUCAGAAAGGGGAGGCAUGGACGACAUCUGCCUUACACAGACACUCAAAAAGCUGCCUAAGAGAACGCCUCUGUCUCAUGCAUGCCAUAUAAUGGCCAUUCUGAAAGUGAGAAAGCAUUUAAUGUGUUGGCUAUGCAGUGUGUUGUUUUCGCUUUUUGACUUGAAGGGGAAUUCCACCCGUUUUACAAAAUUUCAGCAUGAUUUGGUCAGUGAGAAGAGACCCAAGUUAUCCAGAGUGGGCCUUUUUGGGGCAAUUUGAGAGGGAUUGAUCGUAUUUUAAUGGGAUUUUGUUACAAUAAUGGUGAGAGGAACCAGGAACAAAGCAAAAACAACUACCCGUCUUAAGUUUAUAUAUAUAUAUAUUUAUAUGUAAUGCUGAUAGUGCUAAAAAUGAUCAUCCCUAAAAAUCAGUUUUGUUCUUUUACCAUACAUAUAUCUCUCCACCCUGCGUGCAUCUUAUGGAAGUAACUUUAGCAUAAUAGUUUACAUUAUAAAUGUAAUGUACAGCUUUAAAGGGCCCAUAUUAUGGAAAACUCAGCCCAUACAGUCCAUAUAUGGCAACGUGGCCUUUUUUGAAUUCAUUGUUUCUGUGUUGUCACAGCAACAUUCACAUAUAUACCACUAUCCAGCCAGCAGUUUAGCCCCGCCCACUCACACUGAAGUUCUAAGGAGUGUUUCAGCCUGGGCUUUUUUUGAACAAGGCACAAAAUAAUGCAGCCAAUCAGAACAGAGCUCAUUUGCAUAUAUAUGUCUUAAAGGCACAGUAACAAAAACAGUCUGUUUAAUUCUAAGAGAUAAAGAACAGUUGUGCAAAGAAAAAUUAUGACUGUUUUUGUUAAAUAAAUCCACACAAACGUUAUAAGUGGAAUUAAGGGAAAAAAUAAAAUACAAACGAAUUCGUAUAAUAUGGGCCUUUUAAGCAUUUAGCUUAAGAUUUAAGUGGCAUGCAGCACUCAGUCUUUUUCUGUAAUGAUUUCUGUGAGGUAGCUUUUGUUGUGAGUUGUUACUGUCGUUUGCUAUCCUGUUUAUAUCGUCGCUGUCGAGACAAACCUUGUAUCUCCAUUUUUGUCGUUUUUCAUUGAAAAAGCUACUUGCUCUUUGUGUUGGGUCAAGAUUUUGUGAUGAUUGGACCAACAGAAAUGGUCCAAAAUCAUUUUUCCAUUACCUUCCAUUAAAACUCAAGAACAUUUUUCCUUCUCUUGUAAAGUUACCUUUGGAGAUAUGAGGUUUUGUUCUGAGAGCAGCGAUGUGUAAAUAUGUAGUUAUAUAUUCAAUUACACAGUUAGUUCCAUAAUGAAAUACAUUUACAUUCUAUAUGGACAGUUUUUAUUCAUUUGUUUCAGUGUGAAAGUCACAAAAAUGAAUGUAUAUUAGCGUUUUUAUUAAAUUCAAGUCCUAAUUAAACACAAACACUAACGUGGAAUAGAUUGAACAUUCAGAAUAUGCACUUUCCUCUCAAUUUCUCCAGUUGUUUCACUGAGCUACAAGUGAGAAAUGCAUGUUUUGUUAUUGCUGAUGAGUUUUAAGAGGGCACCUGUUACAGUUUUGUCUUGGUAAAUCUCUCUACUUUAUCAAAACAGUUGGAAUGAUUUUGUGUACUCGUCAAGCAAACUGAUGAAAUUUUGAAAAAAUAGGGUGGAAUUCCCCUUUAAGGAGAUCUGAACCGGUCUACUGCUUUCCUACAUAUGAUUAGCCUUCAGUGGGACGGUGGGAAAUGUGUAGAAGCACGUGAGCGACACUCACGUCUGAUCGGAGUGGCGUGUUCGUAUACGUACAGUGUAAAGCAGAGCCACUCGACACUGCCAUUUAAAGAAAACUAUUAGCAGAUUCAAAUGAUUAUUUAUUCGUUUUGUUUUUCUAUUAUUGUCGCAGAGGUUAUUGUAUUCAUUAGAUGUAUUAUUUAAGAUACCAUAUGUAUUAACUCGCUAUGGCUGGUAACCAUAAGUACAUCUCAAAUAUCAAGUUAUUAUUUUUUUUUGUUUGUUUUGUUUUCUCUUUAUCUCAAAACUGUAUUUUAUAGGCAUCAGUUGAUUCUCGUUAUUUUCUCCUUGUGUUAACGCUCGCUCUGGGAUCCGUACGUCCAGAAAGCAUGUUGUACAGUGCAGUGUGGUAUCACUUUAUGCCUCGACGUUGAACACAUUGUUCCCCUUUAUUGUGGACUGUUUUUAGUGCUGCUUCAGUUCACGUCACGUUGUUCUUCACGCCCGAUCACCUCAGCAGAUGACGUUAGAUGAUGCUGUGCGUUUUUCCACCUGCUGGUUGCGCUCGGAAAUGAAAUGUGGGAGCAGAGCAGGAGCGAGGAACGCUUCGGCUCACACCACAGGCCAGAACAGCGUGGAAGAAAAGUGAUUUUUUUAAAGGAUAUAACAUCCAAAAGUAUCCGAGACAGCCCUUCAGCUGCUUUAAAGGGUCUGUAUCAUGGAAAACCACAUUUUCUUAGCUUUAUUGCCAAAUAAACGUUUGGUCUAGUAUGUAAACAUUACACUUUCUAAGUCGACGGUUCAUACAGUCAAUAUGGAAAGUGACGUGAUUCGAAUCCAUUGUAUUUGUGAUGUCACAAAUUCAUUUACAUAUAUCGUCCUGUUCAGCCUACAGCAGUUCAGCCCUGCACAGUAAUGCUGUGGGGUGUUUCAGGCUGGACUGCUUUUUGAAUGAGGAACAACACAGAGCAGCCGAUCGGAACAUAGCUCAUUUGCAUAUAUCGGUCUUAAAGGCACAGCCUGCUUAAUUCUAAGGGAUGUAAAAAUGAAUUAUGACUCUUUUUGAUACAUUAAACCACACAGAAAUGUCACAAAUGACCUCAGGGAAGAAAAGAAAUAAUGAAAUAUAGGAAAAAUGUGGGACAUGGUCCGUUUAAGCUGCCCCAAUUGCUUAUAUAAUAUCCAUAGAAAAGCUAGGAAUAGAAUGGGACGCUCUGGAGGAGCCAUACACAAGCCCAAGGUCACUAUGCCCAAUGCCAAGCAUGGGCUAGAGGGGUAAAAAGCCCCCCAGCACAGGGAAUCAGUUGAACUGUGUUCUCUGGAGUGAUGGAGCUCCGUCUAAUACCUUUGGGAUGAGUUGGAGUGAUCCAGAACUGACCAUCCAACAUCAGUACCUGACCUCACUAAUGCUCAAUCAAAUCCUCACAGCAAUGUUCCAAUGUCUAGUGUAAAGCCUUCCCAGAAGAGCAGAGGCUGUUACUGCAGGACAGGAGAACAAACUCACUAUUAACACCCUUGAUUUCAGAAGAAACGCUGGUGCUUCCAAACUUCUGGCCUGUAGUGUGAUUCCUCCCAUAAACCAUGUGUGUCAGGCUCGAGUCCUCUCAGGCCAAAACACCGCAGACUUCAGCUCACUGCCUCAUUAAACACACCUGAUUCAGCUCAUCAGCUAAUUAGCAAAGACUUUGUGAACUGAAUUCAGAGCGUCAGAUGAGGGUAAACGCUGAUCUCCGCAGCACUUUGGCCAGGAAGGUCCCCAGUUUGACAUGCCUGAUAUAAACCGUCAGUGAGAAAGAUGCUGUAGCAGGUUUAGCAUUGAAGCGCUAUCUUCAUAUUCCAGCCUUUGAGAAAGCAGCUCUGUGUAUUAGUGCAUUAGUCAUAUUUCAUAAUUAUCCUUUCUUCUUUUUUUUUUUAAACCUCCUGCAUCUAUACUGUAUCCUAUACCGCUUUACUGUGUCCUUCAAUUAGUUCUUUUGUUUUAUUCUCAAGAGCCGAUGUCCUGUAUUGACUGCAGGCUUACAUAUAUAUUAUUACAUACAUAUAUAUUUUAAAAAGAAUAUCAUUAUGUUUAUUGAAAAAAAAAAGAAAAUAGAACAAAAAAAAAGUAAUUUAUAUUUUAGAAAUGCAUGUCAGGCUGGGAAGUCGUAUUUAGAAUAACAAAUGGCAGUGCCUUUUUUUUUUUUCUUUCGGACUCUGAUAUUUACUCGAAAUGUAAAGGAUUUUAUAUGGAUUUAAAAUGUUUAGUGGUUAUUAGCAAAGCUGGACGCAUUGAUGGUCAGAAACGAUGAAUCACACAAGCUCCGUAUGACAGCAACAGUUGUGCAGGUUGAGCAUGUCCUUUGGUUGAUUAUACUUCAGUACACUUUAGGUACUUUCAAUGCUGAUAUGAAGUUAUGAACUAUACCGGUCUGUUCAACAAAGAUGUAUGUGUGUGUGUAUAUAAAUAUAUAUAUAUUUGUAUGUCUGCGUGUUGUUUGCAAGGGGGACGUGAAAUGUAGUGUAAUUUUGUACAUAUGUUUUCAGGAAAAAAGAAAAAAACGCUGCAUUUUGACAUGAACUGCCUUUUUUUCCCCUCCCUGUUUCCUUCCAUUUCAUUUGACUCUACAGUUAUGAAGGGGAAGUCCACCCAUUUUUUUAUUCCUGCCUAAUUAAUUUGUUAAAAUGUAUACAGUCGUUCAGAGUGGUUUGGUGUGAAACGCUCUGUUCUAGAGAAACGUACGCAGUCAGAAUUGUUCACAGUGGUGGUGAUAGGAACCAGACGUCCACCUCUAAAAUCAUUUUUUUCAUCAGUUUUUUUUAAAUCCGUUCAUGGUGGAGGGAUACAUGCAGGAAUAAGGUAAAAUAGUCCCUAAAGAAAACUUAAUUUUUCAGAUUUAUCACUAUUUUACCAUCAACAUUCCAUGUAAGAUGGUUUUUUGGUGGUUUUUAUAGUAAAUAAAACGUCUAUAUUGGUGUUGUAGUCAUGGUGACCCCUUGGUUCCUAUCACCACCACUGUAAAGACAUCUGAACAAUUUCACACCAAACCGCUCUGAAUCACUCUGUUUACAUCUCAACCACUGAAUUAUGCAGAAUUUGUAAAAAAUUGAUGGAUAUGCCCUUUGAAGUUAAAGAAGGAUUCUGAGAUUUGCUGCAUUCUGCAUCUGUGGACGUCCAUGUGCGUCCAGAUGUUCAGAUAUGGUGUAGGUGAAAUAAGGGAGGUACAAAUACUGAGUUUUUCUGUUUGAAUCCAGCCGAAGCCUGACCGCUGCGGCUGGCUAAUGAUUUCAGUCGGGCCUCUGAUGUUUGUAUUUCUCUGUGUGAGUGCUGUAUGUGUUUGUAUGCAUAAACCAUUGUGUUUUGUUUGUUUGUUUGUUUGUGAGAGUGCGUCCAUACAUUUUUAGUCUGCGUUCAAUGCUUGACAUCUUUGUAAUAACCAGAGACAAAGUAUUAAAGAGUAACUUUUGAAAAAGCA